AUGCGUUCUGCGGCCAAAAUUUUCUACUUGGCUGUAUUCGCCCUCUCGGCGCGCACCCACGCUGAGAGCCAUGAGGGCAACACUGGCCUUCAAUAUGGCCAUGACAAAUGCGCGCUUGACCCUACCGCCAUGGUGUCCGACGCCUGUGUUUCCUAUACGACCCUCGAUGCCCUGAACGAUCAAGUCUACCCUCUCCUCCAGUCUAUCACCCAAGAAACCGACUUCUUCUCAUACUACCGGCUCAAUCUCUUCAACAAGGUCUGUCCGUUCUGGUCGGACGCCAACAGCAUGUGUGGAAACAUCGCAUGUUCAGUGAAUACAAUCGAAUCGGAGGAAGACAUUCCCUUAACAUGGCGGGCAGAGGAGUUGAGUAAACUCGAGGGUCCCAAGGCCGGCCAUCCAGGGCGCAGGCAGCAAAAAGAGCGGCCCAGCGAUCGUCCCCUCCAAGGGAUGCUGGGCGAAAACGUGGGAGAAAGUUGUGUCGUCGAGUACGAUGAUGAAUGCGACGAGCGAGACUACUGUGUUCCUGAAGAUGAGGGCGCUAGCAGCAAAGGAGACUACGUCAGUCUGGUGGACAACCCCGAGCGAUUUACUGGCUAUGCUGGUAUGGGUGCCCACCAGGUCUGGGAUGCCAUCUAUCGCGAAAACUGUUUCCUCAAGCCAACCUCCCAGCUGGAGCUGUCGCCCCACCCCCAACUGGGAAACCUUGAAGCCAUGAACGACUUCCGCAGUGUGCUACAGCAGGAAUUGAAGCGCCCGGAUCGUCUGCCCCUAGACAAUGAGUGCCUUGAGAAGCGGGUCUUCCAUCGCCUCAUCAGCGGAAUGCAUGCCUCCAUCUCCACGCAUCUCUGCUGGGACUACCUCAACCAAACAACCGGGCAGUGGCAUCCCAACCUGCAAUGUUUCAAGGAGCGCUUGCACGACCACCCCGAGCGCAUCUCCAACCUGUAUUUCAACUACGCUCUCGUGUCCCGGGCUGUGGCAAAACUGCAGAAGCACCUGAAGAGCUACAACUACUGCACCAGCGACCCCGAACAAGAUAUUCAAACUCGGGAGAAGGUGUCGAAGUUGACUGCCACCCUUGCCGAGCGGCCUCAGAUCUUUGAUGAAAACAUCAUGUUCCAGGACCCAAGCGCCCUUGGUCUGAAGGAAGAUUUCCGCAAUCGCUUCCGCAAUGUUAGUCGGCUGAUGGACUGUGUCGGGUGCGACAAGUGCCGUCUCUGGGGCAAGCUUCAGGUCAAUGGAUACGGAACCGCCUUGAAAGUGCUCUUUGAAUACGACGAGACCAAGAACGGCGAGAAUCCCCUGCUGCGCCGGACCGAAUUGGUGGCUCUGAUCAACACUCUUGGCCGCAUCUCCCACAGUGUCGCCGCAGUUCGGAGCUUUCACCGCGCCAUGGAGGUUGGGGACGGCGAGGUGUUCUCGAUCCCCGCUAGCAUUCCGUCGAAGGACCGUGGCGACAAGAAAACCCGGCGUUUGCUCAAGGAUGGAGGAUCCACGUUCUACUAUGAGAACGACGAUGAGGACUUUGUGUAUAUUUCCGAAAAGCUUCCCUGGGAACGGGUUCGCGAACGCCGCGAUGACGACACCCUCUGGGACGAUAUCAAGGCCGAAUUCUCCCUUGUCUGGGAUACAUAUGUCUAUGUGCUGAAGAGCUGGGCUAACGUUCCGAAGACACUGGGUGAGAUCAUCGUGAUCGAGAUCGCUCGUGUGUGGAAUUAUUGGCUGGGACUUCCGGUGCCGCCACGCGCAUGGAAGAAUGAUCUCGCCCCGACCGGCCUCUCGCUGGUUUUCUGCCCAUGCGAGACUGUUGAGGUACCAUCACAUUCCCGCUUAUCAAUGGCUUCGGUUUCGCCACCUAAACCGUGGGAAAGGGCCGGCGUUUCGGCCGGAUCUGUCGCAACCACCACACCCGUAACGGCCGGUCCAGCAACAACGAUGACGGCCUCUUCUCCAGCCUCGGCCGCAACCACCGGCGCCGCUCCGACCUCCACGUCUGCCACCCCUGAUCUCCCAUCUCGUCCCGACACUCUGAAUGCCGUCGUGAAUCGCACAGCAUCCAAUUACUCGCCAUAUGGAGCCUCUCGGCUAGGCACCAGUCCUUAUGGAGGCUAUGGUGGCUACGGGGCCUACUCUUCACCAUACUCUCGCUUCGGGACGAUGGGCUCAAUGUAUGGCGGCUAUGGAGGCUACGGCGGGAUGUACGGUGGCAUGGGAGGGAUGUAUGGUGGCGGCAUGCCUGGAGAUCCGAAUGACCCGAACAGCCUCACCAACUCGUUCAGUCAAAGCACCCAGGCGACUUUCCAGAUGAUCGAGAGCAUUGUCGGUGCGUUUGGUGGUUUCGCCCAGAUGCUGGAGAGCACCUACAUGGCGACCCACAGCUCGUUUUUCGCCAUGGUCUCAGUCGCGGAGCAGCUUGGAAACCUCCGCAACACGCUGGGUUCUGCUCUCGGCAUCUUCACCUUGAUCCGCUGGUUCAGAACCCUGAUCGCAAAGAUCACCGGUCGUCCGCCGCCGGCGGAUGCCACGGCGCUCACGCCGGCUGCCUUCGCGGCUUUUCUGAAUGGUCGUUCCGUCGCUGCGACCCUGCCCGAUGGCUCUCCCGCCCCGCCGAAGCCCUCGAAGAAGCCGUUCUUCAUGUUUCUGAUUGCCGUCUUCGGUCUUCCGUACCUGAUGGGCAAGCUCAUCAAGGCUCUCGCACGCUCCCAGGAGGAACAGCGUCGUCAGAUGAUGCUCGGCCCGAAUGGCGAGCCCGCGCAGCAGGCCCCGCUGGAUCCCUCCAAGCUCGACUUCUGCCGCGUGUUGUAUGACUACACUCCCGAGGCGCAGGAAAGCUCUGGGAUUGACCUGGCCGUCAAGAAGGGCGACAUUGUCGCUGUCCUCGGCAAGACGGACCCCAUGGGUAACGCGUCGGAGUGGUGGCGGUGUCGGGCCCGGGACGGUCGUGUCGGAUACCUCCCUGGACCGUACCUGGAAACCAUCCAGCGUCGUCCCCAGCAGCAGGCCAUCACUUCGGGCAGUGAAGCCCACAGCCGCAGCAACUCACUGCGCGCUCACGUGACGGAAGAAGUGGCGGACGCGACUGUCAAACCCGAAUUGAAGGGCAAGAUGGGCGACAUCUCGCCGGAGAGCUUCCAGAAGAGUGCAUUCUACUCGUGA